GUACUUAACACUCGUGUUGCCAACUGCUAGCGAAACCAAAAAAAAAGAAGAAAGGAAACUAACAUAAAAUAAGAGGGCGGAGGCCUGUUGAAAAUGUAAAGAGCGACGAAUAAACGCCAAUAUUCGACAGUUGUUUCCAGUGGUGAGGAUUUGAACGCCUCUGUCUGGGACAUUACUCAAAAUGCUUCCCAGUAGCAACAUUAUUAAAUAAAGUAUCAUGUUGAGAUACUUUUUGCUAUUACUACCUGACAAUAGUUAACAGACAUGCCGUGGUGCCUUAAUACCAAGCGGAAAUAUCAGUUUUGAAGAUUAAACAGUGGAAGACACACUGUAUGUGCAUAUAUUUCUUUAAACCAAUCCUAGUUUGUUCUUGUAAACACCAGCUCAAAACGACCUAGAUCAUGGUAGACAAUCGCUAUGCCACAGCUCUGGUGAUCGGCUCGGUGCUGAGCCUGCUGGCCACAGUGUACCUCUCUGUGGCUGUGGGCACUCAGCACUGGUACCAGUACAGCUGUCCACCGGGUAAACGUGGAGGGAUCAACGCCACCGAGCUCAGGGAGGAGUUCAUCAAUGGAGAGUUUGAUGAGAAAACCUUUAGCGAAACCAUGUUCCUCCUGAACGGCACCCUGGGACUGUGGUGGAGGUGCAUACUGGUACCCAGCCAGUCGCACUGGUUCAAAGAGCCAGAUCCGAAGAUGGAAAGGCAGUGUGUGAGCAUCAGUCUUCCUCAGCAGUUCAGUCCAAAGUACAAAAUCCACGGAAGCAAUAGCAGUGAAGAAGAUCUGCUGAGAACAUACUUAUGGAGGUGCCAGUUUCUCCUACCCUUGGUGUCUCUGGCUUUGGUGUUCCUUGGCAGCCUUGUUGGGGUCUGUGCCUGCCUGUGCCGCAGCUUCACCCCCACCUUGGGUGUGGGAGUGCUCCAUCUGCUCGCAGGUCUGUGCACUCUGGGAACCGUCUGCUGUUUCCUGGCGGGCGUGGAUUUGCUCCAGCAGUAUUACCCUCCACCAGAAGGGGUGGUUGGCUCGUUGGGCUGGUCCCUCUACCUCGGCCUCAUCUCCUUCCCCCUGCAGAUGAUGGCAGCUGCUUUGUUUCUGUGGGCAGCCAGGAGUCACCGCAAAAACUACACCCGCAUGACGGCUUACAGGGUAGCCUAAAGAGACACUGCUACAACAUCUUACCUAAAUCAGACUACUGGUCUGAGGACUUUCGUAAAAAAAGAUCUGUACUGGUUGUCAUUUCCUCUGUAACAAUCUUUGAAUAGAAAAAAAACGUAACAUGAUAUCCUAGAUCUAGGCAGGAAUACACCUAACCAUUUUUGCAGCUAAUCAUAAGUGCUUAUAAUAAGGUUUUAUACCUUCAGGUGUUAUUUCACCUUUUGUUUUCUCACAUCUGUUACCUACAGUGGGGCAAAAAAGUAUUUAGUCAGCCACCAAUUGUGCAAGUUCUCCCAUUUAAAAAGAUGAGAGGCCUGUAAUUUUUAUCAUAGGUAUACCUCAACUAUGAGAGACAAAUUUUUAAAGACUUUAUUGGUAAAUUCCUCGGUAAAAUAAGUAUUUGGUCACCUACAAACAAGCAAGAUUUCUGGCUCUCACAGACCUGUAACUUCUUCUUGAAGAGGCUCCUCUGUCCUCCACUCGUUACCUGUAUUAAUGGCACCUUUUUGAACUCGUUAUCAGUAUAAAAGACACCUGUCCACAACCUAAAACAGUCAUACUCCAAACUCCACUAUGGCCAAGACCAAAGAGCUGUCAAAGGAGACCAGAGACAAAAUUGUAGACCUGCACCAGACUGGGAAAACUGAAUCUGCAAUAGGUAAGCAGCUUGGUGUGAAGAAAUCAACUGUGGGAGCAAUUAUUAGAAAAUGGAAGACAUACAAGACCACUGCUAAUCUCCCUCGAUCUGGGGCUCCACGCAAGAUCUCACCCCGCAGCCAGGGCAACAAAGGAGUGGCUUCGUAAGAAGCAUUUCAAGGUCCUGGAGUGGCCUAGCCAGUCUCCAGAUCUCAACCCCAUAGAAAAUCUUUGGAGGGAGUUGAAAGUCCGUGUUGCCCAGCGACAGCCCCAAAACAUCACUGCUUUAGAGGAGAUCUGCAUGGAGGAAUGGACCAAAAUACCAGCAACAGUGUGUGAAAACCUUGUGAAGACUUACAGAAAACGUUGGACCUCUGUCAUUGCCAACGAAGGGUAUAUAACAAAGUAUUGAGAUGAACUUUUGUUAUUGACCAAAUACUUAUUUUCCACAGUAAUUGAACAUUAAUUCAUUAAAAAUCCUACAAUGUGAUUACAGGCCUCUCUCAUCUUUUUAAAUGGGAGAACUUGCACAAUUGGUGGCUGACUAAAUACUUUUUUGCCCCACUGUCUAUCUUAGCCAAAGCAUGUUCUUUAGCGUAUUUUAACAGAUAUUGUGGGUCAUUUGUUUAAUCUCGUGUUAACUCUGUUGGUGUGCUGUAUUUUAAUGCCUUCUUUUGGUUUGCCAUUGUUUCUAAAGCUGCUCACCACAUUGCCCUUAAAUCAGCAAUAGAUAGAUUUUAAACCUGUCUUUAUCUAAGCCAGGUUAGCUUUCUUUAUUAGUGCAUGACAAAUAUUAUAAAAGCCUAUUUUUAUGAUUUCUUUUUUUGUGAGGUUUUAUCUUUGCAUGCCUUUUUUUAAAGCUGACAUUUCUGAUUUCAGCCUGUGGUAAGUGUUGACUAAAUGUCACUAAAUGUCACUCACUAAAACUGUAACCACUCAUCUCCCAUUAGCACCUGUGUUUAUAGAUUAAAUCUCUAUUAACACGGUCAAUUGGAAUGUUAAAAUACUGAGUUGAUUUGACGCCACUUUCGCAAACUUGAUACCUCUUUGUAAUUGUAAAUUCUGAUGUUAAGCCCCAAAAUUCUUCUACUGCCAUUUUACAUUUGUCAAGCUCGAAAUGUUUUACAAGUCGUGGUUGCAGUCGGUUGUCUGUUCCUUUCUAGAGCUCCAUUUGUUCAGUUACUUACCUGACUGGUUUGAAAGCCAAAUAUUGCAUCAGUUAAAGCCUUUUUAAAUACUGGUCAGUGAUACUUCAGAGCAAAUAGACGGGUAUUUCAAACAACAGUUGAAAUUGCAAAAUCACUUGCAAGUGCGAAUCCUCAAAAACCAUACACUCGACAUUUGUCUGGAAAGUGAAAGAUUUGUCACUUUGUUGUGUGAGCAAUACAACAAAUUUCUUUGUAAGAAGUUGUGAUGUUUUCGUGUCACAAUGUCUUGUUGUACGUCUGAUGUUUAACACAGGCUUUUGUAAAUGUUUUUAUGUAUCUGAAGCACACUGUUCCUGUUUCUCUAUUGAUAAAUAUGACAUUUGUUGACUUCUGA